AUGACAUCCGAUGAUGGGAAUGCUGGACAAGAAAGAGAGAAGGAUGCUGAACUGAUUGAGGUUGGGGGCAAGAAAGUGAGCAAGACUUCGACAGGGAAACGGAAGUUUCAUAACAAGUCCAAGACCGGUUGCGACAAUUGUAAAAGAAGAAGAGUAAAAUGUGAUGAAGGCAAACCAUUUUGCAAGAAAUGUACAAACAUGAAAUUGGACUGUGUUUACAGCCCUAUUCAGCCAAGAAGAAGAAAAGAUUCUUCGUCGUCAAAAUUUGCAUCAGCGGUCCACGAUAGGGUAGGCAAGAAAAAUCUGAGUGACAAUGCCAUCAUGUUACAACAACAACAACAGCAACUUCAUCAUCAACAAGAACAGCAAUUUCGUCAACAACAGCAAGUUCAGUUACAGCAGCAACUGUUGCCACAUGUUGGUACUGAUGAACAAAGCAAUUCCCCUAAUAGCGUUCCUCCAUCCGUAUCCAAUAAUAUGGAGAAUCUUUUGUUACCGCACCUAUUAGCGAGUUUAGUGAAUAACACCAGUAACAGUACCAACAGCAGUGCAAAUGGAGCUGAAGCGCAUAAUAAUAUAACACAAACAGCUCCCAGUUCAAUGAUAAACAACAACCACCCAAACAUGGCCCUACCAGGGAAUUCGCCAUUGAGUAUACCGAUAACACCUAGUUUUCAAUCAACGGCCAUGAAUUUAUCAAGUAGCCUUAACGGCUUACUCUCGCCUGGUAGGCUAAAUUCGGUGACGAAUGGAUUGCAGCAGCCACAACUUCAACAACAAAAUCAGCAAAUUCCACAACAACAAGGAACACAGUCCCCCUUCAGCAAUAUUCCCUUCGACCAGCUAGCGCAAUUGAACAAGAUGGGCUUGAACUUCAAUAUGAAGAGCUUCAAUACAUUAUUUCCAUACGGUGCUGCAAAUGGAAUGGCCUCUGAGUUUCAAGAGUUAUUUGGCCUCGGAAAGUUUGCUACAUCUAAUAACAGAGCAAUCAAAGUUAGCACAGCAGAGGAGGCACUCGCAAAUAUGCAACAGGAACAGGAGGACAAAAACAAGCAAUUUACGAAGAACCCAUUGGAUAAUACUAAGACGGAUGCUGUUAAUUCGGGCAAUAACCCCCUUAACGGAAACGAAAAUAAAGUUACUGCUUCUGAUAUACUAUCUCAUAACAAAAACUUGAUAAUCGACAAUACCGGUCUCACAAUCAGUCCCCCACACACGUUGUCCAAACCUUCCAUAGAUCAAAACAUUGCGUCCCCUUCAACGGGAGUAUCCAAUGUAACCUCUACAAAGUCAUUGUUAUCUAUACCGGACAACAGGACCGCUUUGGGAAAUUCUCCUACUUUGAAGACGUCCCCAAUGGGUGACCUGUUAUCCAACUCGGAGGCAUUGUCUCCACGUUCAUCAAAUUCUCACACUCAACAACAAUCUUCUCCCCAUUCAAACGCUUCAUCAGCCUCACGACUAGUCCCUGAAUUAGUCGGGCUGUCUAGAAAAUCAAAUUUGAAUUUGAUAGAUCUAAAACUUUUUCAUCACUAUUGUACUGACGUAUGGCAUACCAUAACCGAAGCAGGCAUUUCUGGUCCUGAAGUAUGGAGCACUUAUAUUCCGGAUUUGGCUUUUCAUUUUCCCUUCUUGAUGCAUACAAUUUUGGCUUUUAGCGCCACUCAUUUGUCCAGAACUGAAGCCGGCUUGGAUAACUACGUGUCUAGUCAUCGUUUAGAAGCGUUGAGACUGUUAAGAGAGGCUGUGCUCGAAAUUUCAGAUGAUAACACAGAUGCUUUGGUGGCUAGUGCUCUAAUAUUAAUCCUAGAUUCAUUGGCAAAUGCUUCAAGCAGCUCACCAACGGCAUGGAUUUUCCAUGUUAAAGGCGCCGUAACUAUACUAACUGCUGUAUGGCCCCUGUCGGAGACAUCCAAGUUUUAUAACUUAAUUUCUGUUGACUUGAGUGAUUUGGGUGAAGCUGUAAUCAACCAAAGUAAUCAUAAUAAUGAUAAUGACAAUAGCAAUAAUGGUGAUGGAAAUAACAAUAAUACGAUAUCGGAACUCGUAUGCUUUGACGAAAGUAUAGCAGAUUUAUAUCCCGUAGAAAUUGAUUCACCGUACUUGAUAACUUUAGCAUAUUUGGACAAACUGCAUCGCGAAAAAAAUCAAUUAGAUUUUAUGUUGAGAGUCUUCUCAUUUCCUGCUCUUUUGGAUAGGACUUUUUUAGCAUUAUUAAUGACAGGCGACCUAGGGGCCAUGAGAAUAAUGAGGUCUUACUAUACAUUAUUGAGAGGUUAUACCACAGAAAUAAAGGACAAAGUGUGGUUCUUGGAUAGCGUAUCACAGGUUUUACCACAGGAUGUUGAUGAGUAUAGUGGAGGUGGUGGUAUGCAUAUGAUGCUGGAUUUCUUAGGAGGUGGGUUACCUUCUAUGACCACUACAAACUUUUCAGCUUUUAUGUAA